GUCUGUUCUGCCGCUGGAGACUGGAGAGAGUGGACAUUCAGUGCUAAUAUCGAUAAGAGGACUGCAGACACUUUCUGAUUAAGACAUGGACGACAAGGCAAAGAACGGCACAUCCCAGCUCAACGGAACACACAGUGAAGGUCCGACAAAGAAGAGGCAGGACUACCUGGAGUGGCCAGAGUAUUUCAUGGCUGUUGCCUUCUUAUCAGCACAGAGGAGCAAAGAUCCCAGUUCUCAGGUUGGUGCCUGUAUCGUGAAUCAAGAGAACAAGAUAGUGGGUAUUGGCUACAAUGGUAUGCCCAACGGUUGUGACGAUGACCUUCUGCCCUGGUCUCGCCGUGCUGAUGACAAGCUGGACACCAAAUACCCCUAUGUGUGUCACGCAGAGCUGAACGCCAUCAUGAAUAAGAACUCAGCAGAUGUCAAGGGUUGCACUAUGUAUGUAGCGCUCUUCCCCUGCAACGAGUGCGCCAAACUCAUUAUUCAAGCAGGUAUAAAGGAAGUGAUCUAUUUGUCAGACAAAUACCAUGACACUCCAGAAAUGACUGCCUCCAGACGUCUUCUUAACUUGGCGGGCAUCACAUACAAGCAAUUCAAGCCGAAGCAAGGAAAGAUUGUCAUUGAUUUUAAUUCAAUCAACCACCCCGGAUUGAACACUUCCAGUGGUUUUGGGGGUGUACAGUCAUCAUAAGCCAAGGAACUUGGAGCGUGACACUAAGUAUUCAUAAAACAGACACAUUGUUUACCUUAUGUACUGGUAAAGGUCUUUAUGGGUUUGAGAGUGAUUACUAAAUAGA